AUGUCGCAGCAUGGUGGGGUGUAUGACCCUUGGUCCGACCAAAUCCUGGACUCGCGAAGCAGGAGCAGAUCUCGUCCUCCUGGCAGCGGGCAAGGAAAGGACACCCAAGCUGACACGCAAGACACGCAGCCGCAAGACUCGCAGGUUUCAGUGGACAAUGGAAAACGAGGUACCCAAAGCAUAUUCGGGGCAUCAGCGCCCAAACGGUUGAGAUCAACACACACCAUCGAGGACAGUCAAGAUACACAGGCGUACCAACACAGUUUGUCGAAUGGACAGGCUGGCGCACCUUCAAAUUCGAAGGCGGGGGAUCCUAGCGCAAAAGCACAGGCGGCGAAACGAGCAAAAAGUGCACCAACAGCAUCAGCAGCAAAAGCAUCAGCACACACCAAGCCACCUCGUCGUGCCACAUCAGCAGCACCUUCUACUACAUCAGCAAGUGCAGCAGUUGCUGCAUCCAAAGCCGCACCGCCACGAAAGAAAGUGCCAGCACAAGCAGUCAAAGCGGCAAGCAAGGCUAUCACCAAAGCACCGGCACCAUCACCAGGGGCACGUGCACCUCCUACAGUGCCCAAGACUGGUCCUUCUAUGCAGAACCCCGCUGCUUCUACACCUGCAGAAGCUCCCUCAGCCAAAGCCACAUCGCCAGGAAUCAAUAGAGCGCUCCCUCAAGGGACAGCAUUGGCAAGCAACAACACUUCUACUGCAGGAACUGCAUCGGCAAAAGCACUUGCACCAUCAUCAACAGUACCACCAGCUGCAAAGCACAAGAAAGCACCGGCUUAUGCCAAAUCACAAGGUCCCAAUGCACCGCAAAGCAGCAAGACACGCCCUGAUGCAUCCAUACCUGCAGUAGCUCCCUGCAAAGCCACUACACCUAAAGCAGCAGCUCCUACACCUGUGGGAAACAAAGCAUCAGCUCCUACACCUGUGGGAAACAAAGCAGCAGCUCCUAAAGGAAAAGCACAACCAAGCAACCAGCCCAGCCAAGCAGCUGAAGUUCCAACUGCAGCCGCAGUCAAACCCAAAGCCAAAGCCAAAGCCAAAGCAGCGAUGCCUGAUCCAAAUGCUAAGCAGCAAGUGGAUCUUGUGGACGCGGCUUUGGCGCGAAAAACAACUGCGGAGAUCCUUGAUGACAAAGAGGAUAAAAAAGAAGUGGACAGCGAGGAAUCAAAGCGAGCUCAUGCUCAUUACAUGCGAUUUACCCGAUCACUUGCCAGCAAGUGCACCCCGGCACCUAUUCGGAAAGCAGCUUUGCGAGCCCGUGCAAGCAAGAACGCUGCAACCAUGGCAGAUUUGUACGAGGAUUUUUUUCUCAGCCGUGGUGAUUGGAAGAAAUCAAGAACAUAUACCAAGCUUGGCCAUUCCUCAAGGUUUCGGACAAGCCUUCGGCGCACAUGGAAAACCCGACCACAGCUGUUGACGCAGUAUGGCGACACAGCUUUGGUGGAUGAGCUGGUGCGGGUUAAGACUGAAUCGGGUAUGUCACGAUACCAUCCAGAAUUCCCUGGAAAAGAUGCGAUGAAACAGUUCAAGGUGUUCGAUGAGGAGUAUGAGGUGGAAGAGUCUGAGGAUGAACAGAAGUGCGGGGCAGAACAUGAAUAUGCAGAUUCAACGUCUAGCAGUGAUGAAGAUCAAGUGGAAACACCGCCUAAGGCAGCUCCGGAGCCAAAGUCUACAAGUGGCAAGAAGAAGAAAAAGGGCAACAAGAAAAAGACAAAGAUUGCUACGAAGCCACCAUCCACAGACCCCAAACCGCAAAAGUCGUUGGAUGCGAGGCGAACUAAGGUCUUCCAGCAGAUUGCGACCGCCACCUCAGCGAGCACCGCCUGGCAUGCCAAAUUGGUUUCUGGCCAAGCGCCUGCUAACUAA